GGCACUUGCAAAAACUGACACCGUCUGGUCGCAGGUCUCGUAUUUGUUUUAAUAAUGUCAGUGAAGUGUGCGCCUCGUUAAUUUGUUGUAGUGUCAGUGUGAAGGUCAGUCAGUGUCAACAGUGUCGAGUGUCUAGUGUCUGAUGUAGUGUUGUCGGGAAUGUCGCGUCGUGACCAAGCACCAUGCUGGCAGUUCGCCACGCCAAGUAUCUGGGUUCAUUCCCGGUGGGCGGUGAGGAGCACGCGACGCGCGUCGAUACUGUCACCACUCACCUGCACCUCAUGAAGGAGAACGGGCGUGCAGUUCCGGUACUGGUGGUGAUCGCCCUUACUGGGCUGCGAGUAUGCAAUCCAGACGAUCAGCAGAGCGUGCGCAUGUGGCACGCACUGCGGCGCAUCUCGUACGCGACGUGUGAAGCGCCGCGCGCGCUGUUCGCAUUCGUCGCCCGCGAGCCGCGCUCCGAGCCCACAGCCCACUACUGCUACGCCUUCGAGACUGACACGCCCCAACAGGCGGAAGAACUGAAUUCUCUGGUGGGAAAUGCUUUCCGAAUGGCGUUCGCCUCGCAGCUGCAGCCCUCCGCGCCGCUCUGGAGCAAGGAGUUAAGUGGCGAGUGUGGAGGCAUGGGCGUGCGCGCACCAGAUUCGCUUCCCGGCCUUACACACCACUAUCCGCCUAGGUCGCCAGCGAAAUGUGACAUGAUGGGCGUCACGAAGUUGAUGGCGGAGGUGAGCCCUAGCAGCUCGGAGGAGUCCACCUCCCCGACGGAGGUGAGCAGCUACCGGCGGCUGGGGGAGCGGGCGGAGAGGGGGGAGCGGCCGCCCCUCAUGCGGCGAAUCGCCCGUGGUUUCGGCGGCGCGCUGCUGCCUCCCGACGAUGACGACUCCACGCCGCUCGUCGCUGACACUCCCACUACACCUACAAACAUGCCUGUGUGCCUCAACGGUGGAUACAUUAACGAAGCGUCGGAAGCGGAGGCAAGGACGAGGGCCAGCAAUCGGGACGUGCCUGCACCGCCGCGCCGCACUCACAACUCACGCGGGGAUCUCCUCACGGACUUCCCGUGCUCUAACAACAUUCAAAAUGGCAGCCCGGUGGGAGGGUGCAGCGGGACGACCUCCUCGUCGUCGGGAGCGUCCUCGUGCGGAGGCUCGCGCGCCUCUGGAAACAAUAACGUGCCGCGCGCAGAGCCAGAACUCAGGCAGGCGCCCUGGUUCCAGCAGGGGAUACCCAGAGAGAUAGCGCUGGAGGUGCUGAGCGGCGAGCGCGUUGGCGCGUUCCUGGUGCGCGGCAGUACGACGCAAGCGGGGUGCUUCGCGUUGUCCGUGCGCGUGCCCGCAGACUUCCAGCCCUCCGGCAUCGCGCACUACCUCAUACUCACCACGCCCAAAGGCUACAAGAUCAAGGGGUUCACGAAGGAGUUCUCGUCGCUGUCUGCGCUGGUGACGCACCACAGCGUGAUGCCGGAGCUGCUGCCGGCGCCGCUGCGUCUGCCGCGCGCGCCGCGCCCGCCGCGCGCCGACCACGCGCACCUCGACAGGCUCGCGCCCGCCGCUCGCCACCACCACCCGCACCAUCCGCACCACCCGCCCGCGCACCACCACCAGCAACACCUGCAGAACUUCCUCGCGCAGCUCGACGUCUGAACUGACGCCGAUCGCCGCGGCAUCUCCCGCUACGGCUAUCAUAUCACCACGGCCAUAUCGAUCUGGACCUAUGACAUUCAAUUAAUGGGGUCCGCUUCUCACUUCGACGUAUAAAUCGUAAGAAGAUCUUGUAACAAAAUGUU